CAUAUACAUACUUUGCCAAUAUAAUACAUUAGAAAACUCCGGUGAUCUCGGUCUUUUCUCGGGACAGAUGCUGUUAUCGGUUCUCAAUGGAAAAAGAAGUCAUGGGAGCCCAGGAAUGUGAUUCUUCCGAUGACUCUUCUUCACUGUGUUCAGUUGAUUUGGGGUUGGGAUUCGGCCGCAAACCCGGCGGGCUUCCCAAGACGGAUGAUGAUCAUAUCAGCGGCGAUUUAGAGAUACUGAAAUUAUUCUAUAAUCCAUCAUCACCUACGCUAGAACAGACAGAGAGCAGUGAGGUCUCUGGAAAAGACGAUCAAUUAUCCAAGUCACUAUCGUGGAGAAACAUAAAAGAGAGCAUUGAAUGCUUCAAAGAAAAGGGCGGGCUAUCCAAGAAGAUUUCCAAUUGGAGUUUGCCGAAGAGAAGCUUUUCGUUAAGACUGAGAAAUAGGACAAAUAGUGAAAGUCUAAUACAAAACGAUGAUAAAGCUACAGGUACGAAAGAAAACUCUCGCGGACUACGAAGAAUAAACUCUGUCAGAGGUAAAAUGAAUUUAUUUACAAAUUGAAUUGUACGUGUGCACAAUUUUACAUGGUGCAAAUUGUUACUCGUUUGGUAUGCAACUGUAUUUGUUUUCAUUUUCCCGGUAAUGAGGCGAAUUGCUUUGAUAUUGCGUGAAUUUAUUCUCUACCUUUUGACACAAUUAAAAUAUUAUGCUAAAAUUUUAAAGAGCUGAUUUGUUAGACAGAAAACUUACUCCAUCCAAACAGCUGGUACCAAAAUUAAUGUCCCGCCCAGCUGAAUGAAGUAUUGGACAUUUUUGUUUGGUUUUGGAGUAAGUUAAGUGUCAAGAAUUCUUGCCUCGUGGUCAUUUUUUCUGGUUUUAAUUAAGAUUUAUUGUUUGUAUUGUGAGACAUUCUGUUUACAGAAAGUUUUAUAAUUUUAUGUAGUAGGCACCGAAUUAACGGCCAAAAAAAUGGGGAAAGCAAUUUUUGGGUGUGAAGCAAAGGUAGUGGGAAACCAGAGAAUGGAAUAAAUACAGUGUAGCAACCUUUUAAGGGCACAAAUUCCAGUAUUUGUACCCUACCUUCAACUUUAACUUUGUUUGUUAUUCGUUAUGUCACUUUGCAUCAUAGUAAUUAAUUAAAUCAACAACAAUUUUCCAUGGUCUGUACUCUUAUCGACCAUAGAAAUGAUGAUGAAAUGUUCAAAACUCAAGUGGAACCAAGAGUCACAGGCGAGUGGUUUCGCAGCAAAGUUUUGAACAUUUUGACAUCAUUUGAAUCUAUGGUCAAUAAGAGUACACGUAGAGUCCAUGGAAAAUUGUUGUUGAUUUGUUUUUUACAAUAACAUUGACAGAUUAUAUUGUCAAUUUCCAUUGAAGUUUCCUGGAAAUUCAUGCAUUCUUCAAUGACAAAAACAAAUUGUGUCACCAUCAGCUCAUUUCCAUGGUGUGUACGCUUAUUGAACGUAGCUCUUGUCCAAUCAGUGGGUGAGAAUUCGCUCAGUUAUUGUGAAACAAUAUUGGAUGAGGAGGAGUAUGAUCUGAAGACUUAGAGGGUUCAGCGUCCCAGAUCUCCAUAAUUCUUCAGAUCAUAUAAUAUAUAGAUUUAGCCAGGGCCAAAAGCGAAGCUCUUGUAAUAUACUUGAAGUUUACUCAAACAAAAUAAUAAAUGGUGUAAUGCUAAGUGGUAACAGUAGGUCUUAUUAGCAAAAAAACAGCUUUUCAUGUGCAGCACACUUUUUUGUACAUGUCUUGGCUGUUGCUUUGCAUGACUUUAACGUGAAACUUCCAGACACUUCCUCAGGUUACACGUUUUAUGGAGGAAAUGUUAUAUGGGUUCCUAUUUGCUUUUUUUCCCUGCUGCUCAUUUUCACCUUGGUGCAAAUGGUCACUAGCAUUUCUCAUUUUCUCACUCUAGCUCCUUCUCUGUUAUCCACGUAAGUGAUUAAGAUUUAGUCAAAAGAAAGACUCGGCUUUUUUGUUGUUUUUUUCUCUCUUUAAAAGUCUGGGUGGCCAUGUGAUUUACCACUAAAACAUGCGAGUGCUUGAAAUGCGAAAUUUCACCCUAAUCGCUUGUAACCCUCUGUAAUAUACACGUACUUACGGAUGAUUUGGUGAGAACCGAAAAUUCUUGAAUGCAUAAAUAACCAAAUUUUCUUACCCAUGGCACUCUGCUGCACACGCUUUGUGUGAGUGAGAGCUCCACUUAAAGCCGAAUCCAGUAAUUGUUUUAUUAUUCAUUUGAAAUAAUUCCUAGUUUAAAAACUAGCUACUAAAACAUGCUUACCUCAAUCAAUGCUAAGUCCCUGCCUCCAAUUGCCUGUUUCUUGGCAAGUUCAAGACAUAAAAGGAUGUACUGCAGGUAUUCUCCACACAGCAGGUGUCAUCCGGCUUCAGUGAUUACAAACCUGUAUGCUGCCAUUAAGCCAGAGUUGUGCAUUUUCAUCUUAUGGUGCAGAAGUUAUUCUAAAAAUACAAAUUUGAAAAAAAGGCUGAAUAGAACACUACAUAACAAAUGUAGUAAAUAAAUCAGUCUUUUCUAAAUGGAUUACUAUCUCUUGCUCCAAUGUCUUUAAUGUUUGAGUGAAUUUGUAGUGUAGAAUUCUACUAGAAGAGGACUAAAGAGUUCAUGUAAUUAUUAUUUUUAACUGUUGAUUUUUUAUUCAUUAUUUUUUGGAUAUUGUAGAGAAAAGAUCACUUGUUGAGGACAGUGAGUACAAAUCACUGCAACGCAAGCUUUUCAAAGCUAAACAGGUUAGUUGAACUUCAUUUUUCACUUCUCCAUGAUAUGUGGACCAUCUAUGACAGAUUUUCUAAUAUGCAUGUACGUAAACUCUACAUGAACUCCAUUUUAAGCAAUAAUAAUAAUAAUAAUAACUUUAUUUCUAUAGCGCUCUUAUCCUAUGUUCAAGGCACUUUACAGUCAUUAUUGAAAAAUAUUUACAAAUUUACAACCAUAUCCUAUUAUAUUUACAAUGGGUAAAAAAGGAAAAAAAUUAAAACUAAAGCAGCUAUUAAACCAUAUUCAUAAUGAUAAAAAAAAGGGAAAAAUUAAAACUAAUGCAAUAUAUACAAAUCUAUAAAAACAAUGAUCCGUUAUUACUGAAUUUAGUAAACAAGUACGUCUUAAGUGAUCUUUUAAAACUAGGGAUGGUGUUGGACUUCCGAAUUUCACAGGGUAUUAAGUUCCAUUCUCUUGGUGCAUGAACAGCGAAUGCUCUAUCUCCGUAGGUCUUGGUAUACGAUCUAGGUUGCAUUAAAAGUUCAUUACUAACAGACCUCAAUGAUCUAGUAUGAGAACGAUAAUGUAGUUUCUGAGCUAAUAGCUAGGCGAUGUCCCAUUCAGUGAUUUAUACACGAGGAGCAGAAUCUUGAAAAUAAUGCGAUAUUGAAUCGGUAGCCAGUGAAGCUCACACAAAACAGGUGUGAUAUGCUGAAACUUACUGACUUGCAACACACAUCUAGCUGCCGUGUUUUGCACAUACUGCAAUCUUUGUAGGCCGUAUAAUAAUGCAUUACAGUAAUCUAGUUUCGUAAUCUAGUAAGCAAGCUCUUAUCCAUUACAGGUUUACUUUGUUUUUUUGUCCAUUCGGUAAUUUGAGAUUCAAAGGACAUUAAUCUGAUCCUUUACUUGUGGGAAAUAAACUGAGGGCAGGCCACAGGGAGCCCAGAAUCACAACAGCCUACUGAAAGCCAAAUUUCUGUAUUUAUUCGAAUAAGCGCCCAACCUCGAAUAAGCAACCACCUCGAAUAAGCACCCAUCCUAAAGGCAGAAAAACUUAAUAAGUGCCCAGCCUCGAAUAAGCGCCCACCCCCUCCUCCUCCCAAUCAAACUCAAAUAAGUGCUCACCCCCACCCCACCCACUUGAAUGAAUAAAUUCUAAUAAGAGACUUCCCGAGGACGGAGUUUUCUUCAGAGUAUUUUACAGAAACCUUGCUUUGUUACUUCUUCGCGUUUUGUUAUUAGCAUUUAUUGUUUUGUUGCAAAAUAAACAUACUUCACUUGCUGAAAAUGAUGAAAAUUUAACAAGCACCCAGCCUCAAAUAAGGCCCACCUCGAAUAAGCGCCCACUCUCAAGGUCCAAAAAUUUAAUAAGCGCCCAGGGCAGUUAAUCGAAUAAAUACGGUAUAAGGAUUUUUAUGGGAAUAUAUUGUAAGCUAAAGAAAAUUGGGUAAAGCUAUUGAUCCAAAAAAAUUUGGUUAUGAUGUCAGCGUACAAUCGAAUGAGAUUUGGACCUGCUUCUGUUAAAUAGCUGGGCUAAUAAUGAAUAUUUUAUAUUUUUCAAGCAUAUUUUCACAAAUUGGAAUAUAUUGUGAAUAAAUCAGUUGUAUUAUUUUGCAAGCAAAUUUCCUUCUAUGCAUAACAGCAAAUUACGCAAGCAGCGUUAGAGCUAUGAUCCUAACAUUUAUGUGUCAUAUUUAUCAAUGAUUGAACGUUACUGCCCUCUAAAAUAGUUGUUUAAAUUUGCAUUUGUUUCAGGACAUCGUUACUGGGCCAAGUUAAGGUUGUGUUUCGUUGUCGUUUUUCAGGCUUAUCUCAUAGCACAGAUCACAGUCAAACGAAUUUCCUUAAACUUGGCGGAUGAAAUAUUUUACACAGUCUAAAACUCAAGAAUUUUAAGUUUUGUGGAAAUCACUCAAUUUUUGUGCAAUUUGCAAAAAUACCAUUGUAAUAGAAAAUUUGCUCUUAUCGCCAAACCCAAGCUUCAAAAUAAAUUUCAGCAACUCAGUUGAAAGCGAUAAUGAUUGAACUCAUACAUAUCCAAAACUUAUAAUUAUCUGGCUACUUCUGAUGGGAUGUGAGCAGGUUAGAAAAAUACUAAAAUUGGUUCAUAAUUAAGUUGCAGUCACCUUAAGAUCUAGAUACCCAGGGCUGCAAAUAAUUUUUUUCUCUUGAAAGGACAUACGUCCUUAAGGCACCAUCUUGGUCGGACAAAACUUAAUUUUGGUUGGACAUCACCAGAAAAAGUUUGAACUUUAUAUACUUAAUUUACUUUAUAUUUAGGUAGAUUUUUAUUCCUCCUCACCUUAAAAUGAUUUAUGAUAAAAAUAUUCUCCGGACAUAAAAUUAUUGUCCGAACACUGGUUGGAUUUUGUCAGACACUGGCAAAUGUCCCAUCACCUACUGUUAAUUUUAGCCCUGAGAUACCUCCAUUUUUGUUGUCGUCUGACCCAGUUUCUGCUAGUCUCAUCACAAUGGCUGCACAAUUUUCUUGUGUACAUCGCAAUCAAAUUUGGACGCUCCACAGCAUCUCAAGGCUUCACACCAAAGGUGUGAAAAGAGGAAAAUUGUCUUGAAUAAGAAGCUGUAUAUAAUAUCUCUUCCAAAUAUUUAUCUCAAUUUAACCUUGGAAAAACCUUUAACACUAAUACUAGCUGAUAAAAAAACUUUGUACACCUUUGCUCAUGACUGCCGAUCAUGUCCCCAAAUUGGCGAUUUCAUUGCAAGUUUAGUCACCAAUUAUAUUUUUUUACUCGCCAUGGCUACCAAAAUGGUUGCAGCUUGAAGCGCUGUAAACUUUACAAAAUAAUUAAAUUAUUUUCUGGGCUUCAGAAACCCAGCCACGUUCCUCUGCUACACUAAUAAUGCAAAGUUCUUUUCUUUCAAAAUUUAGGAGAUUGAGAAUUUGACCUUAGAUUUGGAAGCUUGUCAGCAGCAACUUCAAAGCAAGUAUGGUGCCGUAAAAAUCAUCCAGAGAUUAUCUCGAUUGGAGGAAGCACGUCAAAAUCAUUGUUCUAGAAAGGCUCUAGAAGCCAGUAAGAAACUUGAGCAGGUCAGUUUACAGGAAGGUCAUUAAAGGUGACAGUGAUUCAGUAAUACACAUUAUACAGUCAAUUCUCCCUAUCAAAACAGACACCUCUCUAAGACACGGACAGUCAGGGCCAGUCCCAAAGGUGUCCAUCUUAGGGCUCUUUCCAUUUGUCAGAACUGGCUGGCCAGAGCAUUGCUCAACCAGUCAGUUUGAAAAUAAAAUAGGCUUUUUCCAGGAGUUUUUGCCAAAAAACCAUCUCCUUCUUGCAUACUGUUCAGGAUUUGACUGAUCUGGCUGGAGAGUUUUUAUCAAAAGGGAAAUUAUCAUUGCGAAGAGAAUGGUCUGCCCAGUCAGUUCUGACAAAUGGAAAGCACCCUUAGAGAAAGUUGACUGUACCUUCUAAAGCCUACAUUAUGUGCUAUUCACCAGUGCCGUUGUACAAUAGAUCCAUGAACAUCCAGGACAGUCACUGAGAUUUCAAGUUUCGGGUACCGAUACAUGCUAUUAAUGGGUGGGGAGGUGGAGAGGUGGGUAAUUGAACUGCUUGGCUGUUUUUUUGGUUCUAUUUUCCCCUUGUCUCCCACGAAAGUAGUGGAGGAUCAUUCUAUUAGUUGCGGAAGAGAAAUCCCUGGCCUCCUGCCCCCAGUGACAGUUGGUUAAAAAACUAACUUCAUUUGUAACUGCUAACAUCUGGCAUCAGUUGGUCAAAAGGUGGGUAUCGUAUUUCCUUCCCCCUCCCCCCCAAUUUGACAGAAAUGUUAAAAAUAAUCGCCUCCCUCAAAUCGAAUAAUCACCCCUCUAGGUUAGGAUGAAGCUAAAAAGGAGUCUGAUCCAGCAAAACUGAUCAGUGAUGAUUCAAGCUCUCACGCAGAGGACAUUGACAUUGAAAAUUAAUCGAGGAACCAAAUUUGGAAGACUGUAAAUGCCAAUGUUCAGUUUAUUUCACGUGAUUAUUUUUUAUUUAAUGGGAAAAUAGAAUAAAGAUAUUUAGGGCACGACUGAAAUAAUCACCUCCCUCAAAUAGUCGCCUUCCCUCAGGAAUUACAGUAAUGCUAUCCACCUUAUAAAUCUCUAUCCACUGUGUAGUGCAAUAUUAUUGUUGGUUUAUCCUUAUACCUGUCCAUUGGAUAGUGAUUUAUCCAGUGCAUAGGGUUAUAAAGUUUUUUACUAUAACUGAGUGAUUUCUUGCGCACUGACAACGUUUAUUGAAAUAGCUGUAUAUUCCCCUGAAAAGGUAUCAUGAAAUAAAUUUGUAUUGGUAAUAGCAUGAUUUGUAGUGAUAUUUGGCAUAAAUACCAUGAGUGAUAUUUCGAAAUUGUUAUACGUAAUAAAUUUGAGACAAUUUUGAAAUGUCACAAGUGGUAUAUUAUGCCAAAUAUCACGUACAAAUGAUGCUAUUAUUUGUUUAUACUACUACCUGCAAAAGGUUGGUAAUUUUCACAUGUAGGUAUUUCAAAUUAAGCUGAAAUACCACUGCUCUGAGCCAAUCAAAUUGCAGAAAUUUCUCAUGUAGUAGUAUAAAACGUGUUAUUUAGGAGGUGAAUUUUCUUCAAUGGGAGCUGGAACUGAAGCAGAGCUAUUUGAUGGACAGUGAGAAGACAUGGGCCGAGAGGUUUGACAGAGUGGCAACAGAAAAUGCCACACUUAUGGUUGCACUACAGGCAAGAUCUGAUGAGCUGAGAAAAGUUUCCAUGGAGAAAAUGGGUAAGUAAUAAUUAUUGAUCCCAAUAUUCACGGUUAUUGUCCUGACUAAAUCUCGCGUAAAGUGUAGUAACAUACGCGGGGAUAACAAAAGUAAAACGCGUGCUCUGAUUGGUCAAUAAAUUAGCCGUUUUACUUUACUAUUAAUUUGCGCACUGUUUGCCCACUGUCAAAAUGUAGUACCUGUCAAUUAGUAUGUGUUAAUUUUUAUCAUUCGGAUCAUUUUCUUUUUCUUUUUUUAAGUUUUGAAUUGUCUGGUCCAUAGGUCAUAACGGAACCUCCAGUUCUUCGGCAUUGAUUCGGUGAGCGGAUUUGCUGGUUUCGUGUAGACGGAAGGUCGAUUCGUAAAAAAAAAAAAAAAAAAAAAAAAGCAAAUUUACGGGUUUCAAAGAUAAUCCGUAUUCGUUUGUACGGGGUCUCAUUUGUUUGUUUUUCGCUAUCUUCAGCGCUAAUGCGGGAGCGAGAUGAGUUGGCGGCUGCCCUUGAAGUUCGAGAGAGAAUCAAGUAUGACCUGGCCACCCCUGAAAGGGAAGAGGUUUUAUCAACAGGAGACCUUAUUAUUGAGGUAACUAUGAGAUUGACUAUAGUCUAUCUAUUCUAUAGUAGUCAAAAAUCAGUAAGCAGCUUCUAAACGUGGAUUUCCACUGGGGCGUAUCUUUUUAUCGCAAGGACGCAAACUCAAACUGGCUUGAAGUACGUAAAUAAAAUAGGAACAGUGUGUGAAAGGUCGCGCGUUAAUGCAGACGUUGAACAUACACAUUCUUUCCCUGAAUUCAGCGCUCGAAAAAAGUCUCGUCCGGUAGUCUGGGACAAGUAGAUUUUCUUGUUGGGCAAGUAAGUUUUUAAAGCUUCAGUGAAGCUUACUUACCCAUUGGGCAAGGCUUCAGGCAAGUCGUCGUCUAAUAAAAUAGCCUACGUGUAGCCGCACGCUGCCCCCAAUAAAGGAAAACUCUCCGUUUUUCCUUUGUCGGGAGGGAGGGUGCGGCUACACGUAGGCUCCUAAUAAAAUCAUUAACGAAGAUGAACAAGAUUUGGCCCAAGGCAAGCAAAAUGUAAGAGCUGUUUGCCCACAGGACAAGCUUCAAUACAAGUUUUUUUUCAAGCCAUGUGGACUUGUUUACGCUCGUAAAGCCAGAUAAACUUUACGGUCCAGUUAUUAGCCUGUUCCAGGCGUUCAGAUAUUGUACAAUUUAACUCGCUCUUUACUGACCGCCGCGCUCUACUAUCUGAAGGCCUGGAACAGGCUAGCCAGUUAUUUGAACGGAGUUUAGCCAGUAUUUAACAAAACCCGCGCUCUAAGCCAUUUUCAGUUAGCCGAACGCUUUUUAGCCUCCCCGCAGACGUCCUUUGGGGUUCGUUUGUCACGCAUUCAUUUCUCCCCAAACGAACCUCAAAGGACGUCUGCGGGGAGGCUAAACGCUUUUAUCUUAACACCAUUUAUCGUGAAUGGGUGUCAAUGGGGCAUUAGUGUAAAAAGAUUCUUAAUAUUUUAUAUCAGUGGCACUCUUUACUGCGUGUUUAUAUGAGCGUUGUUCUGUUAUUUUUUCGUAGUUAGCAACUCUCGGCGCCUGCCAGUGCAGAGGGAAGAAUCAAGAGCCGUGCGCAUGUGCAAGAGCAGCAGUAGAUGCCAAGCGGGAUGUUGCAAAACUAAAACACGAGGUACGGAGACAGAUUGUUUAUCCUGCCCUUUUGAAUUUUUUUUAGAAUUGUUAAGGAAAUAUUCACCGUGUACAAAUGCCAAAAUUUUUCAAGUAAGUUUGUGAUAUGAUUGGUCCACGCAAACAUCAAAAGUUAAGCGUAUCUUAUGUUCAAAUAGGCCAUUUCCGAGUGCCAAAAACUCUCAAGGCUAACUGCAAAGCCUUUCUUGUGAAAAUGAGUUUUAUUCCCAUGAGAUUGAAAAAUCAUUUUCACGUCAAUGGCUAUGCACUCAGCCUCGCUUUGAAGCAGAGGCUUGGGGAAACUAGGAAAAGGCCUGUUGGCUAUCUGAGCCGACAAGUUCGCCUAUUUCUACGGAAAAAAAAUCCUUUUUCUCAUGUAGGUUUCGUCAUUUAAGGUGACUGCAUGCCAGCUUCGCUCUUUUCCUUUCUUCUUGUUUUUGUUUUUUUCAAACUGGCAUUUUACUUAUCUUCAAAGAGGAUGCAGUCAAAAUUCUCCCUUGUUUUUUAGCUUGAGGUAGUUCAUAGGCGUGAAGAGGAAGCCCUCCUAACUGCCGAUGCAUAUCGGGUGGCAUUUGAGCAGCAGCUAGCGAAGAACUCCUCACUCAUUUACGAACUACUAGAAAAGUCAAGAUGGAAAAAGAAGAUCAGUUUCCCCGGAAAAAGAAAAGAAAAAACAACGGGUGAAAAUGGGUUAAAAAACGAAGAAGAAGAGUUGGUCCAACAGAUUAAAGCCCACAAAGACGACAUAGUUGCAAAGCUCCUUGGAAUGGUAAGCGUUUAUGAAAAGAAAAUCUUACAAAUUCACAGCUCAUGGAGGAUUUUCGGUUGAAUAAUAGUCCAGUCCUUGUCUUCGUUCUUCCAGGGUUCCUCGAAAGCUCAGGCGACAAUCGCUGUCCAAUGGUCACGGCAGCGGUUGAGCAAUCUUUUUAAGAGGAUAUAGGAUCUGUCGAAUUUGUUUCUCAAAACUUCAUUGGCUUAAAACAAACAUAUGAUUGGAAAUAACGCUAAUGUGGGUAGAUAAAGGCACAAUGUGCACUUCUUAUGAGUAUAAAUGUGAUUAUUUCCUUGGUUGCUAACCCCCAAAAUUUAGAUUUUUCCCGGGAAGCCCUAAGACUCCUCCAAAGGAAGAGGCGGGUGCUUCCCCCUCAACACCCAAUCAAACACGUGAGUGCUUCCAAUCUAAUCUGUUGCUCUUCUCCUUCUUAUUUAAAUUUUCUAGAGAACCCUAUAUUUGUGCUGUGGGUCUCUGUUGAACUUAAAUUUAUUGAUAAUGUAGCGAAGCGAAUCAAAAACUGCACCUGACUAUAUCGUCACCCUCCACGUUUACAUGUUAUGUGUCAGUACUGCUUUUCUUUGUUAUUUGCAGCUCACUGACAAUAGCGAGGCUCUUGCCCAUCAAAGACUAGCGACCAAACUGUUGGCAGCGAAGAUGAAAGAGAUGGAGAGAGAUAGUUCUGCAUUUUCAUCAAAGGCGUUACAAAUUGAGACUUGAAUGGUACAGCUCUGGUUAAAAGUGUUGAAAAGUACAGUGAAGUUAUAAAAUAAGCUCUACUCGGCGUCAAAAUUCCUUGAGAUACUUUAUCUGCAAAUAAGUUUUUUGAUCAUUUAUCCUGUCGCAUUUUUUGAGAAACGCCUUGUACCCGGUUCACGUUGAAAGUAUCUUUACAGUUUUGUCGCCGAUUGUAAGUUUUGGUUCUCAAGAAAAAGUGUCAAGAGGAUUUUAUGAGCGUGUGUGGAGAGCGUUUUCGAUUGAUUUUUGCUCGUUCUCUUUUUGGUGCGACAAAUUCUUGUGUCGUAUUAAUGGCUCACCUCCUGACUUUAUUUCUUUGAGCGGUUAAUCAGAAAAACAAAUACCUGGCUAUCGCAAGAACCAAUCUUGUUCUUUGAUCAGUCGGUGGAGAAACUUGCCGGCAAAAAGCAAUUGUAAAAAUAGAAAACUGGAGUCUUUAUUUUAGCUUUGAGUGAUUUUCACUCUUGGAGGUGGGCUCAUCAGCGACAUGCCCAUCGAUGUUUAAAGGGAAUAUACUUAAAUUUCAGACUUUAUUAAUGAGGCUGUCGUAUAUUUAUUAAGAUCAGGAAAGAGACUGCACAGAUCAGCUUGUUUCACGUUAGGUCGCUACUAUUUAAAUGAAUCAUUUUUUAUUUAUAGCCUUAAGAUUUAUUUUAUUGAGUGAAGUUUUCAUCAUCCUCGUCAAAUUGUCAUCUAGGUGUGGCAAUUCUCAGCUUGGCAAGUCAGUUGUGGCUCAGACUAUUUUUAUCGGAGAGGUUGCGUAUUUAUAACUUCUGCCUUUCCUUGUUUAGUGUAGGUAUUGUAAAUGUUAUAUUUAAUAUAUUGUUUAUAAAUAGAAAGAAAAUCGCAUAUUUUUGCAGAAUACAGAGACCUAUGUAAAUUAUGUAAACGAGGCCUUACACAAACACACUAUGACGGCGUUUGGCAAUAUUAAUAUUAUAAAUUUCUUUAUGAACAACCCCAAAACAGUGCCGUAGCG